ACUUGCUUCCGAACAAAAUUUUUUCAUUUUUAAUGAUAAGGUGUAUGUAAUGAAGGACGGUUUACCAAUGGGAUCUCCAUUUAGCGGCCCAAUGUCAGAGAUUUAUCUUAACUUUGUGGAAAAAUUGAUUAUGCUUUUACCUUUGGCUCAAUAUAUAAUACUAUGGAGGAGAUACGUCGAUGAUGUUUUUUGCGUGUGGGCCGGAACUGAAGAAGAAUUAAGAGCGUUCUUCAACACAUUAAAUAUAAAAUUUAAGAUUAAAUUCACCAUAGAAAAAGCACAAAAUAAUUCAUUAAAUUUUUUAGAUCUGAAAGUUACUUUGACGGAGCAUAACACUUUCACAUACAAUAUUUUCCGUAAGUCAACCCAGACAGACGUUAUCAUCCCUUACAGAUCAUAUCAUUCAACCCCUAUAAAAAACUCUGCUUUUAUGUUUCUUUUCCACAGACUUCUGAGUGUUCCACUGUCCAAAAAUGAUUUUGACAGAGAAUUGAUGACAAUAUUUAAAAUCGCUGAAUCUAAUGACUUUCCCAGAUAUUAUGUUGAGAAUAUUUUGAGUUCUAUAAGGAAGAAAAUACUCCUCAAGAAAAUAUACCCCCACAUUUGUACCAAACAAAAUUACAUCUCCAUACCAUUCUUUAAAGAGUUUAAUGAUAGACUGAAUUCCAUUCUGAGAAAACAUGACUAUUUAAUUGUCAACAAACGACAUCCAACCCUAGAAAAUAUCUUAACUAAUAACAAAUCCAAACUUAGUAAUGAAUAUCAUAGUGGUAUAUACAAGAUAACUUGUAACGAUUGUCCGGCCUUUUAUAUAGGCAUGACAACUCGUGCUGCCAAAGUAAGGUUCAAUGAACAUAUAAAAAACAGGCCUAAAUCAGCUUUUGGAAACCAUUUAAUCGAAUGUAAACAUGGGACCACAAUAGAAAAUCUGUCACUGAUACGAAAAGAAAACAACUAUAAUAAACUAGUUCUCCUUGAACAGCAUGAGAUCCUCAAAAACAAGGAUAAUAUUCACCUUCUAAAUGACAUCUCAGAAUUUUCUGGGAGGCAUUUAUUCAAGUACUUAUAAGAGACAUUUCCAACAUAAGAAAAAUAACACCGUAUUCUAUACCAAUGAUAUGACCAUACUCUGUGGUGUUAUGACUUUGACAGCGAUUUGUCACCUAAUGUUUCCGGUCCAUUCGUUUAACCUCAUAUGACGAUACACAUGCUUUUCUAUUGGAGUUUGAAGUGGAAAUUUGAUGGUUCUGGUACUUCUUAUAGAUAAACUGACAUUAAACAACGGAUUUUGAUAAACCCCUUUUUUAUAAUACCCGUAUGACAAUUAUUGCAACGAUACUUCAUAUUUUGACGCUGGCCUGAUGAUGGCAUAGAUGCCGAAAUCGAUCGCCAAGAGAAUUAAAUAAAAAAUUGGAUUAGUGUGUUUCCUUACCUCUUCUGAAUA